CGCGUAGUUGCCAACAGUAUCCGAUAACACCUGUGUGUUGGAGUCAUUAAAGAUUUAACCGGAGAAGUCACAUGCACGCCGAAAAAUGGCUGACGACUGCCAUGCUUAAUGCACGUCUCAAAAACUUUGAAAGAAGGAAGCAAAAUGGAGUUACCUCUGGAUGAGGAGGAUGGCACUUUCACCAACAUUUCUUUGGCAGAUGAUUCAGCAGAGCGUCUCUCAGGAAUACCCUCUUCAAAAGUGGAAAGAGCCCGUUCUACAAUGAUGAAUGCCGACAUGGACGCUGUUGAGGCUGAGAAUCAGGUGGAAUUGGAAGAGAAAACACGGCUUAUUAAUCAAGUUUUGGAGCUGCAGCACACACUUGAAGAUCUCUCAGCACGAGUAGAUGCUGUUAAGGAAGAAAACUUGAAACUGAAAUCAGAAAACCAAGUUCUUGGACAGUAUAUAGAAAAUCUGAUGUCAGCCUCUAGUGUUUUCCAAACAACUGACACAAAAAGCAAAAGGAAGUAAGGGUUGACUCACAGGUGAUGUCAUUGUAUUGCUGCUGUCUUUUUUUUGUUUUAAUUGGCAUAGGCUACAUGAGCUAAAAUACCUUAGUUUGUGGCUGUACUGGAUACCUGAAGAACCUAAACUUUGGUGAUAAACAGAAUUAAGAACAUUGUCAUGAACGGGAGAUGUAAGUUUGUGUAUUGUUAAGAUUAAGCAAUGUGCAAAUGUAGUGUAGAGGCUUACUAAACUUUCAUACUUGGUUUAAAAAUGAGCAUAUCUUGUUAAAAAUUGGAUUGAGUUUGUCAGGUUAAACAAAGGUCUGUUGGUGCUCUUUGAGGUCUUAGGGUAGCAUUCUUGACUAGCAAAAUACUACAGUUAUAAUAUUGUGUUGAAACCUCAUUUGAUAAAAAUAGUCAAAGUCUAAUUGCAUCACCUUU